AUGAUAAUAGGCUCUCUUAAUAUUAGAGAAGGAGGAAGUAGCGUGAAGAGAAGGAGGAUCAAUCAUAUUAUUGUUAAAGGCAAUGCUGAUAUUUUCCUUAUACAAGAAACCAAAUUCAAUUCUAUUUCUGUUGGUACUGCUAGUAGUUUUUGGAGGAGUAAGUCUGUGGAUUUUUCUUUUUUGCUGUCUGUUGGUGCUUCAGGAGGUUUAAUCUCUUUGUGGAAUACAUAUACAAUUCAGGUUUCAAGUAGUUUCGGAGGAGUGGGUUAUUUGGGGUUAAAAGCAAUAUGGAAGGAGGAAGUUUAUUAUAUUGUUAAUUGGGUGAUUGCCGGAGAUUUUAAUGCUGUAAAGAAUAGUAGGGAGGGGAAGGGUAGCUUGGGUUUGAAUAGGAGUAGUGAAUGGAGGGAUUUUUCGGAGUUUAUAAGCUUGAGUAAUUUGGUGGAUAUUCCGAGCAAAGGUAAGAAGUUUACUUGGUUUGGAGGUGAUGGUAAGGCUAGAAGUAGAAUUGAUAGAUUCUUAGUGGCGGACAACAUUGUGAACAAGUGGGGGAUCCUGGGUCAAAUGGUGGGGAAUUGGGAUAUAUCGGAUCAUUGUCCGAUUUGGUUGAUUUGUGAUAAAGAGGAUUGGGGUCCUAAACCUUUUAAGGCUAACGCAGAAUGGUUCUCGAAUAGGGAUUUUUCUCCGUUUGUGGAGAAAGAAUGGAAAGAGUUAGUGGUGAAAGGGAGAGGCGAUUAUGUGCUUAAAGAAAAAUUGAGACUUCUUAAAGAGAGAGACUAA